AUGUGCUUGAAUUUGCCUGUUGGCUCAAGCGAUAUAACAGCUGAAGCAAUUGGUGCUGAACUGGAGCAAGAAAUGAAACGUAUGGAUGCAGCCAUCCAGAGAGCCGUGGCAAUGAUCGAAGAAAUGCAGAAGAAAAGCCGGGCAACAGACUCUGGCAUACGUUUGGAAGUGAAUGAGAAAAUUUUGGACUCGUGUAACCAGCUGAUGGCCGCAAUUGUACAAUUGGUUGCGCGAAGUCGAGCGAUGCAAGAAGAGAUCGUUGCUGCUGGCCACGGCACUGUUAAUCCAAAUGAAUUCUAUAAACGUAAUCAUCAGUGGACUGAAGGUCUUCUUUCGGCGGCGAAAGCGAUUGGAGUUGCUGCCACAGUACUAGUACAAAGUGCAGACGGUGUGGUCUCCGGUCAAGGGAAACUUGAACAUUUACUUGUUGCGGCGCAGGAGGUCGCGGCCAAAGAUCUCGACUUCAGCCACUACUCUCUCCAUGAUACCAAGAAGCAAGAGAUGGAGAGUCAGGUACGUGUGCUAGAACUGGAAGACAAAUUAACACGUGAAAGGGCGCAUCUGGCACAGCUCCGAAAGCAGCAUUAUCAGCUGGCACAAAUUGUUGAAAACGAGGAUGGUGCUGAGCACAGCUGA